AUGGCAACCGUUCCGUUUUCAGAUAAUUACGAAGUUAAAAAUCCCGCGUGUCCAUCACGUGUCGGUCUGUGUCCUAUUCAGGGGAACUCGAGUGUUUUUACAUCCAUGACUUACACCUGGAGUCUACUGUUAUCCCUCAGUGUACUAGCAUUGGUUGAAAAUAGCACAGGGCAAAAAAGUUGGAAAAUUCCGUGGCUAAUUUUAGUUGGAUUUUUAUCAUACACUGUUUUGGUUAGCCUUUCUUAUUUUAAGCUUCCAUGUUCUCAUGAUUCCUGGUUGAACUUUGUUGUGUACCUACUUGUCCUUAUAAAUCCAGCUACAUGCCUAAUUACUGUCUAUUUACCUAAAUUGCACCUUAUUAGCACAUGUUCGCUUCAUUUGAAAAGUUUUCAAAAAUCGUCUGGGAGCAUGCGCAAAGGUUCGAGGUACCAAGACUCUUCCACUGGGGAAGUUAUUGUUAAUCAUUCACUUCACGCAGGCUCCCACGAGGGGUCGCGCGCAGGACUACUUGCGGGACUACACGCGAGUACCAACCACGCAUCCACACGGCCCGCGAGUUCUGUAUCCGACACAAGCUCUCGUGUAUUCAACAUACAAAAAUCUAUUCAAAUUGUUUCGAACCUAUUUGGGCCAAAGGAGCCUGGAUACCAGUUAUUACGGCUGCCUAGUCACUAUGACAACGUACGUGAACAAGUAAUCACGUGGGAUAACAUUAGCCAAUCAUCGCUCACAAUAACUCUUGCCAGUGACGUUGAUGAUCAAAGCAUUGGAUGUCAAAGUGAGGGCAGCUUGGAACUGGCCGAAAUAACUUUUGAAGAAUUGAAAGAGAUGACAGAAUUUUUAAAAGGCCUCAGGUCGUCGGAUGUUUAA